AUGAUUGGCUGGGCGGCGGAGAGGAAGGCGGAGGCUGCAGAGCAGAAGGUGGCGCAACUGGAGGCGAGGCUGCGGGAGCACCGCAGCCAGACUGCUGAGCAGUUUCAGAAGAUCCGGGACUCUACAAUGACGGAUGUCGCGGGCAACCUCAUUCAUCAGCUCCAAGCGCAGCUCGAGGAUUUCAAGGACCGUCAGGCCGAGGCCCUCCGCGCCGGCGCGCAGAACGCCGCCAGCCUCGCCAGCCUGGAGGCGGGCCUCGAGACCUGGCGCCAGCGCCUGGACGGUGCCUUCCAAGAGCCCGGGGUCCACUCCCUGGACUUGGACCUGGACUUGGAGAUCAAAGUUGGGUUCUUUGGGGGCUAA